GUGAAGCAUCUGGCAUUGCUAAGAAAAUGAGGCUAAAUGGUAGAUCUUUCUUGGUAAAGCAUGAAAGCAGAGUGUAGUGGGGAUAAGGUACUGUCAGAAAAAAUUAAUCUUUUGCUUAAGAUAACCUGUCCCCUUUUCACAGAGACCUGGUGUUUGCUGUUUAGAUAGUGCACACAAGUUAUAGGUUGGAGUCUUUCAAGGGCAAAAUCCGAUAAUUCUGUUCAUGUGACUGCAAGCAAAGGCAGUCCUCAGGGCCUUGCCCUUUAACUUGUCCUAUCACUACAGCAGAAUAAAGAGCUGAUCUAGCUCAUGCCUUUGACAGUAAUCACAUGUGAGCAGCUUGGCCAAGACCUGAUAUUGCACUUACUGCCAGGUCACAGGGAGAGAAAUCCUGAGGUCUUCAUUUUUUACGCCUUACCUGUGCAAUGGAAAGGUAGCUUAGUCAGUGUUGAGCAAAUGCCAUAAUCUGACUGAGGAUUUAUCCAAAACAAGAGCACAAGAAAAAUGUCUUGAUUCAGACACUGUGGUGGUCUGGAGAUUUUUUUCAGGGUCUAACACCACAGAAGUCAUUGGAAGACCUGCCACAGAUUGCAGUGGUCAGGUCCUGUUCAGGGUCCAUCCACUUGGCAACCUUACAGAAGUUCCCUAUGCAGCCAUCAGCUGAGGCACUCUAGGAGGACCCCCUUUGAGCCAGCUGCAGGCUACAUGGCCUCAUUGCUGCCUCUCUCCUAUGAGGAACUUAAACACAACAUCGGUUAAAGCAAUGACAAGGUUAUGUCAGAGCUCCAUUUUGCAGUCUCUGGCAAAGACAUCCAGGCGAUUUCUCUGUAUGGUGGCUCUGACUUACUGUUGUACCCUUACAGCCAGAGAAGUGUCUGCUCUGUCUGAUGGGCAACAUGAAAAACAGGUCAGAAAUAAGUAGUAAAUUUGCCUUGUAAUUGCAGGGACAGAGCUUAAGUGGCUGCAGCUUCAACUGGAAAAUCACUUUGAACCCAUGAGUUGACAUAGCCAUGAGAGUUCCUUGUUAUUUUGAUGGCAUCUUUGCAGUGUGCCUGGAGAACCCAGAGGGUUAACUUGGCUUCCCUUUUCAGAAGGAGGCUGCAUCACACUUGUUCACUUGCCUCUCACCAUGGCUGGGGUGUUUCCUAUGCCCCCCUGGCCUAAGUACCCCCUGCAGGGCAGCUUCGGUACAGAUGCCCUUUGGGGCUGCAGAGGUGCUAGCCUGAGUUCUCCCAGUGCGGCACAGGGUGGGGGCAGUAAGCCACGUCCUCUCCUUGAUGCAUUAAUGGGGGCUUUUUCCUUUUCCUUGCAAAGCUUCCCUGCAGGUCAGCUGAGGGCAUCCUGGGGAGGGUGAGGGAGCCCUGAGAGGAGGAGGGUGAUAGGAGAGACCAUCCCCUCUCUCUGAUGCUGUUGCUGAUGCUAUGCUGGAGCCCUCGUAGAUGUGGCUCCCCAGAGUUAGUUGCUCAGCAACCAGAAUCAAUUAAUAUGCUUUGCAGAAAGUGCAGGGGAAGCCCAAGCUGCUGUCAGUGAGAAGGCAGGAGGCUGAGGGUGACUCAGGAUCCCACUCCCUCCUGUCACCCAUUUGGUCCCAGCCCAUCCUCUCCAAACUUGUCAUUAGCCACCAUUCUUUAUCCUUUUCUACCCUAUGAUGACUUGGUUCCCUCUGAUGACACCACGAAUCUGGGAGUGAAGAACUUCUUAGAGCUAAUUGGAAAUGGCAUUGCGGAGCUCAGACUUAACUGGAGGAAAUAUAUCUCCCGAAGAAGAAAAAUAUAAUGCACUGUAAGGAUUUGACUUCUGGUGAAAAAUUCAAGCCUAGAGAAAACUUGUCUGCUUUGUUAGGAAGAAUGGGUUGGACAAUUUUCUUCAAUUCCAAAGGAUUUCUGAAUGCCAUGUUGAGCUUAAUCUCUGCAGCAUGCUCUGUGCUUCUCAUCUCUUCCUGAUGCACUACAUGGUUAUCCUGAAGGGGAGGAUAAAGAAACUGGCCACCAAGAUGGUAAUCACUAGUGGAAAUGAAGAAGAUAAAGGCAAUCAAGAAAAGGAAAGCAAAGAAGAAACCAUCUUGGCAAUGCUUGGAAUUAUUGGGACAAUUCUGAACCUCAUUGUUAUCAUUUUUGUGUAUAUUUACACAACCCUGUAAACUAGAAGGCCUGCAAAUAGACCAGAUAAAACAGCCAUUGAGUGACAACAAACAUUGCUGACUAUUGACAAGUUGUUUAACCAGAAUUGAUUCUGUAUUAUAUUAACACAUCAUAUAAGCACUGCCUGCAGGCAGCAAAGGCUGAAGCACAAUUAAUUUAACAAGACUUUUUCACACAGUAACAGGCUUAACUCUUCUGUCUUGCUCUCUUCCUUUCGGUUUGGUUUUCGUUUUGGGAGAAAAUGACUGCAAUUAUGCAAGGUGUAGUUCUGAAGAACUCCAUGAGGGAUAUGUUGUUUUAAUACAAUUCAUUAAAAAAAGAAAGAAAGAGAGGAACUGUACACUAUAUACAAUUAGAAAUGUAUACUGUAUACCCACAAAGAUUGAACUUCAAGAUAGCUCCAUAGCACAGAUCACGUGUCUGUUAUGUCAAAUGCCUUUUUUCUCUUGGUUUUUGCUUUUACUUUCAUUGAAUCUGACAAGCUUUUUAUUUAGAAUGAACAUAUGGUGCAAUCAUGAAAAAAACAAUUCAAUUGAACAAGGUCUGCCUAAACAUGAUAAAAUGUUGGGAGAAAUAUAUUAUAUGAUUGCUUUUCCUUUCUCAUUUGCCUAGCAUCUGUGUCUGUUCAUAUCAAUGUUUAUAAAUAUCUAUUUUUAAUAAAUGUGCUAUAUUUUUAGCAUGAACCAAA